AUGCGCGUCACAACUGCGUUCUGGCUCGCGGUGGCCAGUCUCGCUAGAGCCGCAUACUGGAUGGAAGAUGUCCAGCACCAGGGCAUCUCGGCAUACCACCCGGACCCCAACUACAAAGUCUUCCGCAAUGUCAAGGAGUUUGGUGCCAUGGGUGAUGGUGUCACGGAUGACACUGCCGCCAUUAACCUCGCCAUCUCAUCAGGGCAGCGAUGCGGACCGGGGACAUGCAAAGGCGAGACUACUUCGCCGGCAACCGUCUACUUCCCCCCUGGAACCUACCUCAUCUCGGGCUCCAUCAUUGACUUCUUCUACACCCAAAUCAUUGGCGACCCAACCGACCGCCCCGUGAUCAAGGCCGCCGCAAACUUUCCCACCAACACAACCCUCGGCCUUCUUGAUGGAAACCAAUACGGUGCAAACGGUCUCUCAUGGGGUGCCACCAACGUCUUCUUCAGACAGGUGCGCAACCUCAUCUUCGACACCACCGCCAUCCCGGCCUCGGCGGCUGCUCUUGCAAUCCACUGGCCGUCGUCUCAAGCCACUGCCAUUACAAACUGCGCUUUCCACCUCGCUGAGGGCGCAGACAGCAAGCACGUUGGUAUCUUCAUCGAAGAGGGCUCCGGAGGUCUCAUGAACGAUCUCGACUUUUACGGAGGACAGUACGGUGCCAACUUUGGCAACCAGCAGUACACCCUUCGCGGAGCUCGCAAGUCAACCUGCUCUAGUUUCUUCAACGCCCAGGUGGCCAUCAACCAGCUCUGGGACUGGGGCUGGACGUACAAGAGCAUCUACGUCGAGAACUGCGGUACCGGCAUCCGCAUGCAGGACAACGGCACUUCUUCCAUCACUCUUAUCGACGCGGAGUUCGUCAACGUCGAGACUGCGAUCCGCAGCAGCCGCGACCCGGGCGUCUCGGCAUCCUCCACAGCCGGCACACUCGUGAUGGAGAAUGUCGCCUUUUCCGGAGUCGACAACAUCCUCCUUGGCCCCAGCAACAACACCAUCAUCCCCGGCUCCUCGGGAACCGUCUUCAGCCAGGGCUUCGCCAUGGGUCACAUCUACACGCCCACUGGCCCGACGGACUACACCGGCGCCGACGCUUCCUACUUCCCAGUCUACCCCGCCCUCCUCGGCGCCACCUCGACCAACGGCACCAAGUACUACGAGCGCUCCAAGCCGCACUACGAGAACAUCCCCGCGAGCUGCUUCAUCUCUGCCCGUUCCUUCGGCGCAAAGGGCGACGGGAACACGGACGACACAGUGGCGCUGAACAACCUCUUCAACUACGUGACCGCCAACCCGUCCGCCAAUCUUGUCGCCUUCGUCGACGCCGGAACGUACUACGUCUCAGACACCGUCUUCAUUCCUCCUGGAGCGCGAAUCGUUGGUGAGGCCCUCGCUUCGAUCAUCAUGGGCGGCGGCGCCAAGUUCCAGGACAUCACGAAUCCCCACCCGGUUGUCAAGGUCGCCAUCCCGGGCCAGUGCGGCACGAUCGAAUGGUCCGACAUGAUUGUCUCCACGCGCGGUGCGGCGCCCGGCGCCAAGGUCAUCGAGUACAACCUCAACACACUCGGCGAGCCGUCGGGCAUGUGGGAUGUACACAUCCGCGUGGGUGGCUUCGCCGGCACGCAGCUGCAGCUCGAGCAGUGCCCCACGACGCCCAACGCCACCGUCACCGCGGACACGCUCGACAAGAACUGCAUCGCCGCGUGGAUGAGCAUGCACAUCACCAAGCCCAGCUCCAACCUGCUCAUGGAGAACUGCUGGCUCUGGAUCGCCGACCACGACCUCGAGGACCCCAACUACAAGCAGGUGACCAUCUACGCCGGCCGCGGCCUGCUCAUCGAGUCCACCAACGGCAAGAUCUGGCUCUCGGCGUCCGGCAGCGAGCACCACACGCUCUACCAGUACCAGCUCUUCAAGACGCGCGACAUCUACAUGGGCCAAAUCCAGUCCGAGACGCCGUACUACCAGCCGAACCCCGUCGCCUCGAUCCCCUUCCCCCGCGUCCAGGGCUACCACGACCCGGACUUCGUGGCGGACUGCCAGGGCCACGACCCGAGCGCGCCGCCGUGCGAGAUGGCGUGGGGCCUGCGCGUCAUCGGCAGCCGCAACGUCGUCGCCUUCGGCGCGGGGCACUACUCCUUCUUCAACAACUACAGCACCGCGUGCUGCCAGAUCGGGGCCGGUGCCCGGUGCCAGCAGAGGAUCGUGGACAUCCGCGACGGGCCGGGCAACUGCACGGCCACGGACAACGUCGAGGUGUACAACCUCCAGAUUGUGGGCACCACUGCGAUGGUCACGAGGGACGGGACGGAUGUCGCGUUUUACAAAGACAACAUUGCCGGCUUCACGGCCGGCAUUGCUCUGUACCAGCAUUAA